AUGGGUGCAGGAGAAGCAGCCCCCAGACGCACCCAAAGAAAAAUCAGUGAGAAUCUCAGAGCAGAAUGCUUGAACAGUAGAAAUGAAACAUCAGAAGCAGAGGAUCAUGACGCUCUGGAAAGGUCAGAUGGGAAGCAGCGUCUCAGGUUGAGCAAUUUUAGAUUCUUGAUGAUAUUAGUCGGCUUUGGCAUGGCAUUCGUUGGAUCGCAAGUAUGCCCACUUAUAUUUGCAGCUAUCAUCACAGCAGUCACGGUCGAUUUAGACGGAGCGAGUAAUCUAGUUUGGGUUUUUUCUUCGAGCCUCGUGGCUAUGGGUGUUGUAGCGCCUUUUGCAGGACCGCUGGCAGAUCUUCUAGGUCGCAAAACCAUAGCUAUCGUUGGUGUUUUGUCAUCUAUGGUUGGUAUGAUCCUCUGCGCAGCAACACCAAAUGUCAGCGGGUUCAUUGUAGGGCAAACAUUUGCUGGCAUCGGGAUGGCUCUUGAAGAGUUGCUGUCGAUUUCUGCAGUUCUCGAGCUCGUUCCUAGACAGCAACGCGGAUUCUAUGCAGCCCUACUUGUCUCUACCUUUCUUCCCUUUGCACCUGCGUCGUUAUAUGGAGGACUCAUUGCCCAAAGUAACUGGCGAUAUUGCGCCUGUUUGAUUGCUGUCUGGAAUCUUAUCACAGCGGUUAUCAUUGCCAUCUUUUAUAACCCGCCACCACGCACCAAUUCAACAGGUCUAUCCCGACGGGACAUCUUUCGCAGGAUCGACUACUUUGGCGGGUUUCUAUUAACUGCCGGAAUAGUGCUGUUUAUGAUCGGUCUUAAUUGGGCAGGUCAAACAUACUCUUGGAGAUCAGCACAUGUGAUAGCUUUGGUGACCACAGGAGGCUGUUUGAUUUGUCUCUUCCUCGCAUACGAAAUGUUUUGGGCCCCAUAUCCCAUGUUCCCUGGCCGGCUACUUCAGUACCCUCGUACCUUUAUCGCCCUCAUGGUUGUUAUUCUGAUGGCUGGUGUAAACUAUAUUCCCGUUCUUUAUUUCUGGAUCAUGCAGUCUAUUAGUGUGUAUGGUUCGAACCAGUUCCAGGCCGGUAUACGUACUUUGCCGUUUGGGUUCUGUAUUCUCGGCGGCGGGGUGAUUUCUGCAUUGAUGAUUUCUAUUUUCAAAAGCCAUGUUCGGUCAAUCAUGACAACUUUCUGCGUCUUACAAGCAACCGCAAUCGGAUGUAUGGCCGCCGUCGACCCUCACAAUAUCAACACCGUCUGGGCACCCCUUGUAUUGGGCCUUCUCAGCGUGGGUGGCGUUCUCAUCCCUAACCAAAUCAUCAUCACACUCAUAUCGCCAGACGACCUGAUUGCGACUGCGACCUGUCUAACGGUAUGUCUUCGAGCAAUCGGGCAAGUCGUUGGUGUGAGCAUAUUUUACAACCAAUUCAUCUCCGUCAUGACCAAGAACGCAUACACCUAUGUUCUCCCCGCGGCGCUGGAGAUCGGAAUUUUCAACACAACGACGAUUGAAAACAUGUUGCCGAGUCUGAUUGCAGUCCCAUUUUCAGAAUAUGUGGCGACUAUUCCCCAGGCAGACACGCCACAGAAAAUUAAUAUAUUACAUGAAGCAGUCAUCCAGGCCUUUGGGCAUUCGUUUCCAAGAGUCUAUUACAUUUCGAUUGCGUUCGGCGCAACAGCGUGCAUCGCAAGCAUGCUGAUGGGGGACUUGUCAAAGUUGAUGGACGCGCAUAUUGCGGUACAGUACUUCUGA